UUGACAUCUAGCUUCGUUCCACUGGACUCUGUCAGCCUACAGCUGCUUACGCACAGUUACGCGCUGCCACAACACACCGUCCACGUUCCAGCAUCUGGAUCGCUUUAUUCCGGUGUGUUUAGAAAUAUUAGGGGGACAUCUAUCCUUCUGUCGUUCGUGUUUGUGGAUUUUCCAUCUGUAAAGUCCGCCGAAAGUGAUGAGCAGUGAGGAGUCUGGAAAUAUGAUCCCCGCGUAAACUUUUCUUCAGCUCUCUUUGUUUCUAUCCUGUCGACAUCCUCCAUCAAAAAUGCAAAUCCUCCUGUACACCGCGGUGUUCUUUUACCUCAAGGACUCUUCCAGCGCAGAGCCGAAAGCCAAGUGUCCGACCCGGUGCGAUGUGAGUACCUGUCCGAGCCCCAGCUGCCCGAGCGGCUACGUGCCGGACCGCUGCAACUGCUGCCUGGUGUGCGCCCAGGGAGAGGGAGAGCCGUGCGGCCGCACAGACGACCUGCCGUGCGGGGACGGACUGGAGUGCAAGCACCCGGCGGGGAAGCGGCUCUCCAAGGGCGCCUGUCAGUGCAAGUACAGCCACGAAGUGUGCGGCAGCGACGGGAAGACGUACGGCAACGUGUGCCAGCUGAAGGCGACCAGCAGAAAGGCCCUACAGCAGGGACUGCCAGGCGUCACCCAGAUCCAGAAGGGACCGUGCGAGACCAGCACAGGUCCUUCACAUGUUACCAGCCCACGAUACAAGUUCAACUUCAUAGCCGAUGUGGUGGAGAAAAUCGCUCCUGCCGUUGUCCACAUCGAACUCUUCCUCAGGCAUCCUCUGUUUGGUCGGACUGUCCCUCUGUCUAGUGGAUCAGGGUUUGUGAUGUCAGAGAAUGGCCUGAUUGUUACCAAUGCCCAUGUAGUCUCCAGCACCACGCCAGUGUCCGGUCAACAGCACCUCAAGGUCCAGCUGCAUAAUGGUGAUGUAUAUGAAGCCAACAUCAAAGACAUUGACAAAAAGUCCGACAUCGCAACGAUUAAAAUCAAUCCUCAGACAAAGCUGUCUGUGUUGUUUCUGGGCCACAGCGCAGACUUGAGGCCCGGGGAGUUCGUGGUUGCAAUCGGCAGUCCGUUCGCCCUCCAGAACACCGUCACCACUGGCAUUGUCAGCACCGCCCAGAGAGACGGCAAGGAGCUGGGCCUCAGGGACUCUGACAUGGACUACAUCCAGACGGACGCUAUUAUCAAUUAUGGAAAUUCAGGAGGACCUCUUGUCAAUUUGGAUGGGGAGGUGAUUGGCAUCAACACCCUGAAGGUUGCAGCAGGAAUCUCAUUUGCCAUUCCCUCCGACAGGAUCACUCGCUUCCUCAAUGAUUCGCUCGACAGGCACAGCAAAGAUGUGAGGUCAAUAAAGAAACGAUUCAUUGGAAUCAGGAUGCUGACCAUCACACCGGCGCUAAUUGAAGAGCUAAAACAGCAGAACCCAGACUUCCCUGAUGUUGCAGAUGGGAUUUAUGUCCAUGAGGUUGUUCCACACUCACCUGCACAUAAAGGUGGUAUCAAAGAUGGUGACAUUAUUGUGAAACUGAAUGGCAGACCUCUGAUGACCACGGCUGACCUGCAGGGGGCGCUGCAGGAGGAGACAGCCCUGCUGCUGGAAGUCAGGAGGGACAACGAUGACCUUCUCUUUAACAUUGAGCCUGAUAUUAUCAUGCAGUAGACACUUGAACACAGCAUGCAGAGUUUGACCAGCCCAUUUUUGUGAAAGAACAUGUCAGAUGACGGAAGCUUUGCACCAGCGCAGUGGAAUUUUUGUCAAGCGCACACAUCUUCUGAUACUGCGGCAACUGGCUGUUAACUGUACAAAGUAAAAGGAGCUCAUGGACAACAUGGUACAGAGCAGUUUCAGUGUCAAGGAUUUACAGCUGUGCCUUCCACCUGCUCAGACCAGGUCAACGUGGGAACAGACAUACACAUGAACACCCUACACAGUCGCAUAAGCCCAACUCCUUUAAAAUAUGUUCAAUUUGACUUUGAUUACACAUUUUUCAACCCGUACACAUACUUAAUGGCGGUUAGGCAGCAUCUUAUGGUGCACAUUACAAAAAUGACAAGAUAAAAGCAAAGUUGAUGAAUGUAAAGUUGAAUUGAAACACUUGCUUUUAUUAUUUUUUUUUUAAACAAAGUGAUGAUGGUAUGCUGAUAAUCAAUAAAUUUGCUCUUAAGCAUUUUUAUUUCCAAAAAUAAAAAUUCUCCCGCCUGGGCGUCCACAAAACUCCUCCAGUGUCCUUGCAAGGGUCAAGAGCUGGUUCACUGUUUCAUGGCCAAAACAGCAUCUGCAUUGGUUCCACUAAGAAGUGAUUUCUUAGCCUGUGGUGAGCACACCAAGGCCCCGGCCAUCACCCGCCACACAAUUCACCUGACCCUCACCUUAGAUGCACCUAAGGUUUGGCUGGUCCCUGGCUACAUUCAAACCUAGGACGCUGCCUUUCAUGAUCGGCAUCUCAACCCCUCACGUGACCCUUAUGUUCUGCGGUGCAAGUGAGCCCUAACUUUCUCUCCCAGGUCUCACUAAUCCAAAUGAUUUAGCUGCUUCCCAAGCUGCUACUCAGUAGGGGUUUCUGGUGAAGAGGUCGCUGAGCCUGACCAAGCAAAGCUCUUGAUUUACAAGUCGAUCUCAUUUAAGCCCUCAUCUUUGGUCAUGAGCUUUGGGUGAUGACUGAAAGAAACAUAUUGUGGAUAUAAACACCCACACCAUGAGUUUCUUUUGCGGAGCCAGGGUUACUACAAGAAGCUCUGAGCAGAACUGCUCCUUUUGUCGUUUGAAAGGAGUGGUUCAGCAGACCAAAACACAUGAAAGGGGGGUUAAGUAAAGUCUCUGUUACUUAAAUCAUUGAAAUUAACAAAGACAAAUAAAACAAAAAUUUGGUGCAAAAACAGACAAUUUUUCAAUUCAGUCAUCUUCAUCAACUCUGCUUUUAUCACUCACCAUUUGAGGUCCCUCAUAGAGUCUAGAUGAUUCCUAACAGUAUUAGUCUUAACAAGACUGCUCAUUAGCUGUAUGAAGGCCUUCCGGUUGGUUUGAUUAAAUCCCUGACGUACCAGUGUGUGUGUGUGUGUGUGUGUGCGCGCGCCAUAGACACUUUUUUUAAACAUAAGCCAUUAAACUACUGUAUUCUUCAAAUCUACUUCUAGUAAAAUGGAAUUGGAACGAACAGUCUGUUUUAAAUGCUGCCUUACACUGAUUCAGUACUUCAAAAAUAGUUUAACAGUGCGUGACAAUGGAAUGGAAAAAUGUCAAAGUACUGUGUGUGUGUGCGUGUGAGUGUGUGUGUGUUGAGGAAGGGCUAAAAGCAACAUGCAUUAAUACACUGAAAAUGGUGACAUCUAGUUUUGUAAUUAUUGUUAUUGUAUUUAUAGGACUGAAUUAAAUCUGACUCAGUGAACCGUGUCUCAGCUGCUUUACAUUAGUUUGUUGUUUUGAUCAAAGUUGAACGUUUUACUGUACUGUUCCAAACCAUCCCGUCUGAUGUGUGUGUGUGAUGUGACAGAAAAGAUUUGACCUCAAAUGAAAACGGUCUAAAAAGGAGUAUAGUAUUCAGAGACAGGUAAUUCAGUCACUGUGGAAAUGUCUCUGUUAGAUAAAUGCUUUUUUUAAAGCAAGAUGAAACACAUAUGCAUAAAACAGAAUACAAAAUAAAA